UUUAAUGGUAAUGUAUGAAAUUAUUGUUUACAUAUACUUUACAAAUUCAUUUUUGCUUUGAUCAUAAUAGAUUGGUGAUACCAUAUAAUUUUGCCUUUCUGGCUUUAUACUGAUCUCUUUAGACUCUUACCAACUGUACCACUUUUCCUUUGAGAUGGAGAUCAAACCUUUCCUUCAUGAACAUUUCUUGUGCUAUGAUAAACUACAACACGCUUCUUUGUACUAUGACUAUCAAUAUAUCCAUCCCAGGGUAUCUGCUAAAUGCACUCAGAAAAUUGUAUCUGGGGCCUAUUCCUGUGAAAGCUGCAACUUUUGGGUGCAUCAAGACUGUGCACAACAACAACUUCCUGUUCAGAUAACACACGCUCUUCACUCUGAACACUUCCUUGAUCUGUCUUCCCAUGUAUCGCAUGAUUUCAUAUGUGAUAAAUGUGUUUGCACAGCUCGAGGUUUCAAAUACAGCUGCAAACAUUGCUCCUUCAAUGUUGAUUACUUUUGUGCUUUAAAAACUAAUGAAGAAGGCCGGUGGAGAUGCCGACAUAAAGAGCAAAGAAGCAUUAUUAAGCAUUUCAUCCACCAGCAUGGGCUGAGCCUCUUCAGCUAUAGGAAGAUAUCAAUAUUGAGCUACGUUUGCGCUUGGUGUCAGGACCUUUUAUCGGGCAGGUCUUAUGGGUGCCUUGAUUGCGAUUUCUUCCUUCAUGAAUCAUGCAUAUGGGAGAUACCCAAAGAGCUGCAACAUCCUUUUCAUCCGUCUCACCAUCUUUACUUGCAGUUUAGCAAUCUUUCGGCCUAUUGCAAUGCUUGCAAAGGGGAACUUGAUCAAUAUCCGAAUCGACACUAUUGUUGUUAUGACUGCAACUUCUGGCUUCAUAUUGGCUGUGCAAGACUCCUACCCACCCUCAAGAAUAACUGCCAUGAGCAUGACCUUACCUAUUUGGUAAAACACUCUCGCUAUAAAAUUUUCGCAUGCAACAGCUGUGGUGGGAAUUGCUGUCACGAAAUCCCAAAGAUAUUUAGGAAAAAAUUUUAUCAUAAUUCCGUCCCAAGGAAGUGUGCUUUCUACCUCUGUGUGCAAUGCGAUCUCAAUUUUGAUUUCGAUUGUGCUUCAAUACAGUCUAAAGUGAAACAUAGAUCUCAUAGGCAUGAACUGCCCUUAAAGAUUUAGUUAGAGAAGAUGAUUCAGGAGAGUAUUAUUG